AUGGAAGUUGGAAAAGAAAACCGGCCUUGGCUGGUCCAGAAGUACGGCGGUACCAGUCUCGGAAAGUUGCUCGAGUCGAUCUGCAGCAAAAUCAUCCCAUCAUACAUGCAAGAGCACAACCUGGUGGUAGUAUGUUCGGCCCUCUCCGGUUCCACAAAGUCGAGUGGUACCACAAGCCUGCUACUGGAGUGCGUGUCUCAUGCCGAAGCCGGACUCGCGGCGCAGGGCGAGCUCAACAAAGUCAUCGACGCCGUACGGGAUACUCACGUCAGGCUUCUCGAGAAGCACCUCGUCAACUCAAAUGGCACUCGGAGUGAUGCGUGCAGCGACAUCUUCGACACCACGAAAUCUCUCAUCGUCAAGGAGUGUGAAAGUCUGAGAGGGUUUCUGCUCGCCGCGCAGAUCAUCGGGGAGCUGUCGCCCAGGGCAAGGGAUCGGGUCGUCGCCUUGGGGGAGAAGCUGGCUUGCAGAGUUGUCGCGGCGUACCUCAGCAGCAAAGGUGUUCCAGCCGAGCCGGUCAUUCUGGAAAAUGUCGUUGAGUCGGUAUUUGGCGGGAGCAUUUUCGAGCAAAGGACCAAACUCGAAAGCCUUGGUCCCAGAUUCUAUCAUCUCAUCGGCGAUGAGAUUACCCGGAGGAUACGAGAAUGCGGAGACCAUAUUCCCAUCGUGACCGGCUUCUUCGGCAUAAUGCCUGAUUCCUUGCUGAAGAACGUGGGCAGAGGCUAUUCGGAUCUAUGCGCGGCGAUGUGCGCGGUCGGGACCAAGGCGGCGGAACUUCAGAUUUGGAAGGAGGUUGACGGCAUCUUUACCGCAGACCCGAGGAAGGUACCGUCUGCGAGGCUGCUGGCGACGGUUACUGCGGAGGAGGCGACGGAGUUGACCUACUAUGGCAGUGAGGUGAUCCAUCCGCUUACGAUGGACCAGAUACGCUGCGCCAACAUCCCCUUAAGACUGAAAAAUGUCUUUAACCCGUCAGGACCCGGCACAAUCAUCUUCCCUUCCCGGACACCAACACCGCCUCUAACUCCCCCUACCCCGACAGACGAGAAGAUCGACGUCAAGGUGCCACUGCCGAGCAUUGACUUCAUGCUUGGGAAUGGGUAUCAUGGCGAUCAGCAGGAGAGGCGGCGGCCUACGGCUGUCACUGUCAAGGACUCCAUCCUACUCGUCAACGUCGUUUGCAAUAGGAAUACGAAAUCUCAAGGAUUCCUGUCUGGGGUGUUCGAUCGGCUUGAGGACGCAGGGAUCAAGACUGAUCUCGUUACUACGAGCGAGCGCAAUGUCAGUCUUGCUUUUCAGCACUCCGACGAGCCAUCUUGUCAACAUCAGAGGUUGAGGGUUGAACUCGAGAAGUUCGGAAAGGUCGUCAUCACAGAAAGCAUGUCCAUCGUGACCGUCGUGGGUCACAAGAUGAGGAAUAUGGUCGGCAUAUCGGCCGAGAUCAUGUCUGCCCUUGCAUCCUCCAAGAUCAACAUCUUCCUCGUCAGCCAAGGCGCGAGCGAGAUCAACAUCUCCCUCGUCGUCAAAGCAGAGGACGCAGUCCUCGCAAUGAACGUGAUCCACAGCAAAGUCCUCAAGAUCCCCACACACUGGGAACAGGAGAACAACUUCAUCAAAGGUGCGCCGGUCGAAGCCCACCGCCAGAGACGCGCCGACGCCGUCGCAGCGUACCAGUCCCCGUACCGCCCGCUUACACCUCCCAGGUCCGUGGCUGUAUUGAUGCGUCGUCGGCCUGGAGGACGGGCGUUCCGGAUCGCGCCGGGGGAGGGCGAGAGCGAGCAGGCUGCGUAUCAGUAUAUCGUGCGCAGGUGGUUGAAGAGGAAGCGGGCGAGUCAGGUCUAG